AUGCCGAUCUCAAUUCGUCGUAUUAAGAUAACUGACCUUCCAGAGAUGCAGCAAACAAAUUUAUCAUGCCUCGCAGAAAACUAUGGUAUGUGGUUUUGGCUAUAUCAUUACUUAACAUUCCCUGCAUCUUCUCAUUGCGCUGUUAAUUCCCAAAAUCAUGUUCUUGGAUAUGUACUUAGCAAAAUGAACGAUGAACCUUACCGAAAGGCUACAAAUGAAGGUCUUCACGCUUUAAUGACUUCGGUCGCUGUAUAUAAUGGUUAUAGAAAGUUAGGUCUUGGAAGACAAUUAAUGAUUUUAUCACAAAGAUCAAGCCACGAAUGUUACAAAGCUGAAUUUGUUAAACUACACGUCAGAGAAACAAAUCGCGCUGGACAUCAACUUUAUGAGAAGACUUUAGGGUAUGCUAGAAUCGCAGUGGAAAAAGGAUAUUAUGUUGAUGGCGAAGACGCAUGGUCAAUGAAAUACACUUUUCCAAAAUCUGAAAAAGAACUUGCAGAAGAAGCUGCGAAGAAACAAUCUACACUUCAAAAGAAAUCAAGGAGAGGAAGGAAAUAA